AUGUUGAAAUGGCUAUUUUAUGAAGACUUCAAGCUUUAUUUUAGAGUUUUGAUUAGCAAUAAAAUUGGUCUUUUGUUACAGAAAAUUUGUCGCUUUAAAUCAUUUUUCCAAAGAUUUUUGUUACAAAAAUAUGACGAAGUAACAUGGGAUGAUAUCGGCGGGUUGGAUGAAGUUAAAAAAUUGCUACAAGAAAGUAUGGACGCUUUGAUUUAUGACAGAGGCUAUAAAAGAUCUGGAAUUUUACUUUAUGGACCGCCUGGUUGCGGAAAGACCUUGCUUGCGAAAGCUCUGGCAACUCAGUAUUCAUUUCCUAUCUUAAACAUUAAGGGACCUGAGUUACUUAGCAAAUACGUCGGCGAGAGUGAGGCAAAUGUUCGAAAAGUUUUUGCAAAUGCACGUCAAAUUGCUCCUUGUGUCAUAUUUUUUGAUGAACUUGAUUCCCUUGCCCCACGACGCGGUCGUUCAGGUGAUUCUGGCGGGGUUACUGACAGGAUUGUCUCUCAGCUACUAACAGAAAUGGAUGAUAUCGAAAAUGAAAGUGUUUUCAUUUUGGGUGCAACAAAUCGUGUCGAUCUUUUGGAUCCAUCAGUUCUCACACCAGGAAGGUUUGACAAAGUGAUAUUGGUUGAGGGUGGCAAAGACGCAAAUUCUCAGUUAGCCAUGCUGAAAGCAGCCAGUCGAAAAGUGACUUUUGCCGAGGAUGUUGUUCUUCCGGAAAUUAUAUCAUCAUGCAAUCCACAGAUGACUGGAGCUGAAAUGUAUUCACUUGUUUCGCGAGCAAUGAUGGAUGCAAUUCGAGAACGAAUUGAUCAGAUUGAAGACGGUAAGGCUACUGAAACAGCAACUGUUGUAGUCACGCAGAAGAAUUUGUUGCACGCUGUCAAAGAGUUGUUCAAAAGUUAG